AUGAAAAUCUUCAACUUUUUGACCGCUUCAUUGGCCAGUGCCUCCAGAUUGCAAAGAGCAACUCGAGAAAUCACAUAUGCUUUCACUGGUGAAGAAUCCCCAGAUGAGCUGACAGCAAUUUUGGACCAGAUCACUGGGGGCACUUUCGACGAGAUCGACGAAAUGAUCAGAAAUCUCAUGGGCGGCGACACUCGAAUGGACAUGAAUCUUGAGGAAGAGCGAAAAUUCAGACAGAUGAAGAUUCUUGUCCUCUGGCUCCAGAACUCGAAGAAGUUUGGAAGAUACUGCUUCUAUGGAUGCUACUGCUUGCCCGAAGGAAGUCACAAUAUCGCGUCGGGAGGAUAUGGAAAGCCACAGGACUCGGUUGACAAGGCCUGUUUUGAUUUUAAGCAAUGCUACAGAUGUCUUGUUUCUGAAUUCGAAGAAAUGAAGCCCGAAAAAACCUGGGCUGGUGGCCAAGUGGACAAAUGCUCAGGAGAAUUGCUUGGCUACCGAUUCGAUCUCAUUGGAGCUGCAGAAGACCCCGAUCGAGACAUCGUCUGUACAAAUCCACCAGGAACCUGUAGAAGAGCCAUUUGCGAGUGUGACAAAGCUUUGGCCAAGAAUUUGGCGAAGCAUGAAAAUGAGUGGAAUCCAGCACUUCAUGAGUUCAAAGGCGGCUUUGUCCGAGAAGACCACUGUCACCGACCCGUCGGCCCAUCAGUUCCUUUCGUCGAGUGUUGCGGAACAACUUCCACUUUCCCAUUCAACAAGCCAAGACGAGAAAAUCAAUGCUGUUCUGGAACUGAAGCUCUUCCUGAAGGCACCUGCUGA